AUGCCCUUUGGGACUGUGAAGAGCGGCCCAUUCUGUUCGGGAAAGCCCCCAGAUGCUCGUUUCACCCCUGGAAAACCUAGCGGGAAGCGUCCCCAGAGGAGCGGGACAAGCCGGGAUGAGGCGGCGUCACGAGCGCGCGCCAGGGCCGGCCCCCCGCAGGGCCCCGGGAGCGCGCAGCUCUCCGAGGGCGGCUGCAUCCCCCGGGCGCUGCCUCCAAACCUCCUCCCGGCCUCACUGACACGAGCCCCGCGGAGUGGCCGGCGGGACGGGGCGCUCGCUCGGAGCUCGAGGCCGCGGCGGGAUCUCAGCGCUGCCGGCUUGUAUUUGAACUUUGCAAAAGAUAAUAAACUAGCUUCAUUCUUACAGGCAUAUGAUCAACAUCUAAAUAUGAUUUUGGGGGAUGUGGAAGAAACUGUAACAACAAUAGAGAUUGAUGAAGAAACAUAUGAAGAAAUUUAUAAAUCUACCAAAAGGAAUAUUCCGAUGCUCUUUGUCAGAGGUGACGGCGUUGUGCUUGUAGCUCCCCCGUUGAGGGUUGGCUGAAACUACAAAGGAUUUAACCUUGUUGGAAGGUUUCAGGCUUUUGGACAGUGGUUCCUGUUUCGAUCACGCAUCUCAAAAUUCUAUGUACAUUUUUAUAGAAAGUUUUUGUCAUUUUGGGCAGGGGAGGGAAGGGCAGGGGAGCCAACUUGCUUUACUGGAAGUACAUGUAAUCAGUUGAAGUGGCAUAAAACAACCUGGUUUUCCCAGAAUUAAUGUAACUGCUGUAAGUCAGUUGUAUGUCACAUCAGUAAAAGAAUCUUUCGAUUUUGCAAUCUUGGCAA